AUGACCGUACGAGCUUCCACUGAAUUCCUACAUACACUCACUGAUGGUGCUAAGAAAUUCAGAGUGUGCCUUCAAGCUAGGACGUGUAGUUGUGAAAGAUUUCAACUAGAUGAGAUACCUUGUACGCAUGCUAUGGCUGCUAUAGUGCAUAGGCACCAACAUGGAGAGGAUUGUACUUCGACGUACUACAGUAAUAAGAAUUUCCGGAAUGCAUAUGCAAUUCCAGUUGAGCCUUUCCCAUGCGAAAGUACAUGGGAUAUACCAAUUAAUGUAAAAGAAGAGAUUGUGUUGCCACCAAAUUACAAAAGACUACCAGGAAGACCAACUACCAAAAGAAUGAAACCAUUCUACGAGGGAAAAUUCAAGAAAUCAACAGUAACGUGCAGUGGAUGUGGUAUAGAAGGUCACAAUAAGAAGACUUGUAGCAAUAUUCCACAAGGGAAUUAA